GAGAGGCAGCUGGAGACUCACACACAACUGUAGUCAGUCUUGGAUUCCGAGCGCUGCCAAGAGGCAAGCACAGAAGCCAGCAUCGUAUUUCCAUGAGGAUGACAUGCUCCGAGAAGAGCACAGGAGAACGUUUUGUUAAGGGAAUCAAAGGAGGAUCAAAGCCAAUUCUAAAAUGUCAGGGCUGCUGAUUUUGCCAUCUACAUCGCUUUCGAUUCUGCGCGGCCCCCCUUCUUAGUUUAUUCAUACGGAGUUGCGGUCGUCUCGACGAUCGAUUGGCUACGAUGAUAAUGAAUCACUUCCUCUGGCUGCUCCCACUGAUCUUUCCCCACCUGAGCUCUCCAGUCAUAUUGCUAGAGAGGAGUGAUGGAAAUCUCCUUCUCAACUGGAAUCAUAUGAUGGAAGAAGAUAAAACGGUGCUGCACAGAUUCAGGAGAGAUUGGAUGUGGAGGCAAUUCUUCCUGUCGGAGGAAUACACAGGAAGCAACAAUCAGUAUGUCGGCAAGCUACGCUCGGACAAAGACAGUGGUGAUGGAACCGCCAGAUACGUUCUCUCUGGGGAAGGUGCGGGCACGGUUUUCCGUAUCGAUGAGAAGUCUGGGGAUUUACAUGCUGCUCAGAGACUGGACAGAGAGGAAAAGGCCUCUUACACACUGCAGGCUCAAGCUUUCAACAAGAUCACCGGCCUCCCUCUGGAGCCUGCCACCGAAUUCAUUGUCAAGAUACAUGACAUCAAUGACAAUGAGCCCAAAUUUACCCAGGCUGUCUACAGUGCCAGUGUACCUGAAAUGUCAGACGUCGGUACUUUUGUGAUCGAAGUGAAUGCCACCGAUGCAGAUGAUGCCACAUAUGGGAACAGUGCUAAACUUGUGUACAGCAUCCUGCAGGGCCAACCAUACUUCUCAGUGGAGCCUGAGACAGGAAUUGUUAGGAUAGCCCUGUCUAACAUGGAUCGGGAAGUGAGAAAUGAGUACCAGGUGGUUAUACAAGCUAAAGACAUGGCAGGACAGAUGGGUGGUCUAUCUGGAACCGCCAUUGUCAACGUCACCUUAACGGAUGUUAAUGACAGUCCACCACGUUUUGCUUACAGUUCUUACCACCUAAGCACCUAUGAGUCAGCUGAUAUUGGGUCAACAGUGGGGCGCAUCAAAGCCAAUGAUGGGGAUGAGGGAGAGAACGCUGAAAUGAAAUACAGAAUUUUGGAUGGAGAUGGCAGAGAAUACCUUGACAUAAUUACAGAUGACUUAACCCAAGAGGGUGUUAUUGUUGUCAAAAAGAAACUGGACUAUGAAAGCAAGCGAGUGUACACUGUUAAAGUGGAGGUGUCUAACUCGCACCAGGACCCCAACUUCUUUCAUCUGGGGCCGUUCUCAGACACAGCCAUCGUCAAGGUCGCAGCCAAAGACGUGGACGAGCCACCUGUCUUCAGCAGGCUUCAGUAUGCCUUCGAGGUCAAUGAGGAUACACCAAAAGGCACUGCAAUUGGAACCAUUACAGCCUGGGACCCCGACGCUACAGAUUACCCAAUCCUAUACGCAAUAGAUCAGCACUCAGACCCUGAGAGGCUUUACCACAUCAACCCCAAGAAUGGAUCCAUCACUAUUCUGAGGUCUCUUGACAGGGAGGUGUCAAAGUGGCACAACCUGUCCAUCCUGGCGAGCGAGAUGAAUAACCCUCACCAAAGAAGCCGUGUUCCUGUCUUAAUAAAGGUUUUGGAUGUAAAUGAUAAUGCUCCGGAGUUUGCCAUGAUUUAUGAGACAUUUGUGUGCGAGAAUGUAAAAGCUGGACAGCUCAUACAGACAAUCAGUGCCAUUGACACGGAUGAACCUCUUGUGGGUCACAAAUUUGUAUUCAGUCUGAGUUCCCCGAAUACAAAUUUCACCAUCUUUGAUAAUGAAGAUAACACAGCCAGAAUUCUGACCAGAAGAAGUGGAUUUAACAGGCGUGAAAUGAGUGUCUACUAUCUGCCAGUUGUUAUCUCCGACAGCGACUACCCCAUCCAGAGUAGUACCAGCACGUUGAUGAUUCGUGUGUGUAGCUGUGACGCCACCGGCAACAUGCGUUCCUGCAGCGUUGAUGCAUUACUGCUCUCUGCUGGCCUGAGCACUGGAGCGCUAGUGGCAAUACUCCUCUGCAUCCUUAUCCUGCUUAUGAUCGUGGUCCUGUUCUCGGCUCUAAAGAAGCAGAGAAGAAAGGAACCGCUGAUCAUCUCCAAAGAGGACGUAAGGGAUAACGUUGUCAGCUAUAAUGACGAAGGUGGUGGUGAGGAGGACACACAAGCCUUUGACAUCGGCACGCUGCGGCACCCAGAGGUGAUCGAGAGCAACAAGUUAAGACGUGACAUCAUCCCCGAAAUGCUGUUUCCAUAUCACAGACCUUCACCCAUGAAGGAGUGUGCGGAUGUCAGAGAUUUCAUUAUUAGCAGACUGCAAGAAAAUGACACAGACCCUUUUGCACCUCCCUAUGACUCCCUCGCCACAUAUGCUUAUGAGGGCAAUGGAUCAAUUGCUGAGUCACUGAGUUCUCUGGAGUCGUCUGCGACUGAGGGAGACCAUGAAUAUGAUUACCUGUCUAACUGGGGCCCGCAGUUUAAAAAGCUUGCUGACAUGUACAUCGGGAAGGAUACGGGAGUUGCCAAUUAAGAUGCCAUUCAAUGAACCUUCUUUUUCUCUAUAUGUAAACUUGGCUGUCGUUCUGGGCUGCGAGACGUAAAGGAAAUAGAAAAAAGACAAAGGGAAAAAAAGGAAGAAUUUAUCCUUGUUUCCUACAACAUUAGCUGAAUUUCCCUUUUAUGAUGGAUUUUUCGUGGACGUUGUCGUGGUAAGGUGAUUUUGUGAUGAUGAUUUUGUUUUUUGUUCAAUGGCAGAAAAAAUAAGACUGAGAGAAAUAAUAAUUUUGCGAAAAAAACGAAAAAAAAAAACUGACAGGACUUCCUACAUCUUGACAGAUUACACGGGACUCCCUGUUCCUCUAGUUUUUUAGUGCGAUGUCCCAAAACCAGAAUUACAAACAGUAUGCCAGAUACAUAUAUACUAUGUUACAAUGUUUUGCAAGGCAUAAAACAGCAUAAGGGAGACAGAAAAAAGAGAAGGCUCUCAAGUCAUACAUUAAAAUGGCUACAAAGAAAAUUAAUGUUAAAUUAUUUGAACGCUUUCCUUUAGGGGGGUAAUGAUACACUCAUCUCAUGAUAAAUUAUAUAAUACGAUAUGACACGUAACGGUAUUGGUUUGACAAUUACAAUUGUAUCACAAUAUUAUGAACAAAGCUAUAAAAUAUGAAAUUUUAACAGAUACAAAUAUUUGAGAGAAUGUUAGAGAAUUUACAAUAUUCAAGGUUUAAUUGAACAUUUUGUAUGUAAAUUAAUAAAAAAUCAACAGAUCUGUCACUGAAAAAUAAAAUAAAUUUUCACCAAAAAAUAAAAUUAGAAAGCUAAACCCAUUGGGGCAGUUUCACAGACUGGGUUUAAGCCUUGUCCCAGACUAAUUUAAAUGUUAGAGGUGUCUUAAUCAAAAUUUCCACUGUCUUAAAACAUAUCCCAUGCCCAUCAGUAAUGUUUUUUGUAAAGUAUGACAAUUUAAAUAUCCUAAUUUAACCAAGGCCUAAUCCUGAUUUAAACUAAUCCCUGUCAGGAAACUGGCCCUUAAACCAAGUUCACAUUACACAACUUUAAACGUCGGUCGAUCGCUGAGCUGUUCAGACUACAUGACUUGCUAUCUGUGAAGUCUUUAAGUUGUUAAAGUGUUCACACUACGUGACACUUCGUAAAUGAUCCGCAACAGUGGGUGAAACACUACACGAGCUGUGAACAAUUCUGUAACCCAGCGACUCAGUCUGGUCCCCAAACCACGUUUUGUCACAAAAAAAUGUGAGAAAUGGGACGGAAAAGGACACGAAAAAAAUUGCGAAAUGGGAAUUGUUUAUGUCAAAAUGGACGUCGGAAAGACAUUUUCGCUUCAAGCUGUUUCCUUGAUCAUCAACUAGGAAAACCCUGGAAAAAGAAAAAACAAAGGAUAUGGGGGAAGGAAUGGAACAGCAUACGGGGUCAGUUUCGGUGACCUCAACCCAUGGCUUGCUGUCAUCGGCUGUGGCUCCUCCCUUCACUUGACAUCACAAUAUGUCAAGUCGGAUGACAUCUCCAGAUAUUUUUCAUGCCAGAUAUUUGUAUGGUGUGUGCGAGGCAUUAGCAACGCGUCAUGGAGCCUCUUUCAUGAGUCGUUUACUAGUUCACACGAGCUGAUCGCACGCUGUUUUGCAUCCGAUCACACCCCGACCUGUCGGUGAGCUCAACGACUUGCAAAUCGGGCUUAAAAUCAUGUAGUGUGAACUUGGCAUUAGAGAGAACUUCUUAAACCUCCAUGUCACAUGUGUGCAGCUUAACCUAUAGAAUUAAACAGACAUCAUAUCGUAAACCUUUGUAUCAUGAUAUGCAAUUUAUCAUUACCCCCCUAGUUUCCUCUGCAUUUUGUCUUUAAACAUCACAGACAUCAUUUUUAAAAUGUGGAAAUUCAAGGAAACAAGGUUAACGCAAAAUAUAAGGUUACAGUUCAUUGUACCUGGUGGAAGAAAGACUCUUUAUAAGGCAAAAACACACCACUUCUGUAUCGCCUGUAAUUGCAAGAGUCACUUAUGUUCCCCUGUAAAACAAUUACUCUCUGAAUAGGGCUACAGAAGGAUUUCAGUUUGAAAGAGUGUAGAUGCGCUGAAUGUUUCAUUGCAUACAGAUGUAGCUUCUCUGCACAUCUUUGAAGUGCUCUCUUGUUGAAAAAUUAUUGCAACAUUAUCUUUACAGAACUGAAACGCUCACAGAGGAACAGGGGAGCGUUUUCAAAUCUGGAUGAAAGGUAGUUCUCCUCGACUUCAUUUGCUUGUGUGAAAUUUGCUUGAUUUGCAGAACAUGCAGAUUACAAAGCUGCAGCUCACUGAACUUGUGUGAAUGAAUGUUAAA